UUAUCUUCAAAAUGAAUCCCACUUUUCAUAGAAAUUAAAGAGCCAAUCGCCAUAAUCAAUCCAUAGAAAAGCUUAUCAAGCAGAAAGCAUGGCUUUACUCCAAGCUCUCCCCUUCAGCCGAUCUCCACUCUUUCUUCCUCCUCCGCCCGCCUCAACCGCUUCCCCAUGGAUAUCCAGCUUUCGCCCGAUGUCCAUCUCAGCCAUAUCCCAGCAGAAAGAGGGCCACAACGGAAGACGGAUCUGGAGGCGCAGGAAACUGAGAAAGAGAGACGUAAAGAUCGAGCACAAGAUGGAUCGGGUCCCUUUUCUUGAGGAGCAGGUAAGAAAAAUAAGGGAGACGGGGAAGAUAAUGUCGCUUGACAUAGAAAGGCUGUUGCUUUCAGAGGAGAACCGCUUCACCUUCGUCAAUGAGGUGGCCGCCGAGGCUACGGCCUAUGUGGAGAAGAAUCGGGAUGAGUAUGGUGCCAAGAAGGCCAUCCUUCAUGUGCUCAGUAACAGGAUGAAUGACGCUGGUUUCCACCGUUCUGAGGCCUAUAUGGAAACCGACCCUUUCAAGCCUGGACCUCGCUACUUCAGAAUCCCAGAAACUUGAUAUCUUCAUAUUUCAAUUUUGUUUUUGCUAAUCUUGUUUGCUCAUUUGGUUCGUUUGAAUUUGUAAAACAUGUUUCCUGAAACUAAGCGUUGAGUUCUAAGUUGAGCCUCUUGAUGAGAUGAACUAUUAACAUCACAAAUGACCCAUUUUGAAUUCAAAUGAACUCAAAUUAAUCACUUUAAUUAUA